AGGGGGGUUUGCAGGCAUGACGGACUGAGGCGGCCGCGGCGUCUCGCCCGAGGGGGGCCCUUGCAGCCCUGUCCUACGCCCGCACAGCUCUGCAGUUCUGCUUCCCUGGAGAUGCAGGUGGAAGUUUCAUCCCAGCCCCCCAGAGAAGACCAAGCCUGCACUGGCCCCAGUUGUUAAAUGAAUUCCGUGUCACCCGCCUCAGUGCAGUACUUAAGCCAGGAUGAGCUGCGCCACUCAGAUGGACGGCAACUCUUUCAUCCUAGGGCCAGCAGCCAAGGGGGGAGCUACGCCGGACUCUUCCCUGGAGGAGUUGCCGCCCGCAGCCAGCAGAGCGAGCCUGACGAAGUGGACAAGAUCAAAAGCAAGCUCCUUUCUACCUGGAACAAUGUGAAAUAUGGGUGGACGGUCAAGACCAAAACCAAUUUCAGCAAGCUUUCCCCAGUCUACCUCUUCGGACACAGCUACAACUUUGGGCGAGAUGAGGAUGUGGAGCGCUUCCAGAAGGACUUUGCUUCCCGUAUCUGGCUGACCUAUCGCCGGGACUUUCCGCCGCUGGAGGGCACUAUGUGGACCACGGACUGUGGCUGGGGCUGCAUGCUGCGCAGUGGGCAGAUGUUGCUUGCUCAGGGCCUCCUUGUCCAUUUCCUCAGCAGAGACUGGAUCUGGCCGGAUGCCCUUUUCACCACCAGUUUGGCAGAGGUGGAGCCCCCCAUGAAAGCUGUCUCCCUGCCCUGCCCCAGCACAGCCAGUCUGCGCCAGGGUCCGCCCAUCCCCACGGAUAGGAGCAGGGGCCCCUGGGACCUGCGGGCCCCUCGACACACCUGCAGUCCCGAUGAGCUGGAGAACGAGCGCUACCACCGGAAGAUUGCGUCCUGGUUUGCAGAUCAGCCCCAAGCGCCCUUUGGGAUCCACCGCCUGGUCGAGCUGGGGCGCAGUUCAGGGAAGAAAGCCGGGGACUGGUAUGGGCCUUCCGUUGCUGCUCACAUCAUCAGGAAAGCAGUGGCUUGCUGUUCGGAAGCAGGCAAUCUAGUGGUCUACGUAUCUCAGGACUGCACAGUGUACAAAGGGGACGUGGCAAACCUGGCGAACAGGAGUGAAGGCAGGUCAGCAUGGGACACUGGUGCGGAGUGGAAAGCUGUCAUCAUCCUGGUGCCCAUGCGAUUGGGCGGAGAGACUUUUAACCCUGCCUACGUGGACUGCAUCAAGGAGCUUCUGAAGCUAGAUUUCAGCAUCGGGAUCAUUGGAGGAAAGCCAAAGCAUUCUCUCUACUUCGUUGGAUUUCAAGAUGACUCCCUCCUGUACCUGGACCCCCACUACUGCCAGUCCUUUGUGGACACCACCAAGGAGAACUUUUCCCUGGAGUCCUUCCACUGUAACUCCCCCCGGAAAACAGCCUUCACCAAGGUGGAUCCCAGCUGCACCAUUGGCUUCUACGCUCGUCACAGAGGAGAGUUUGAGCACCUGUGCUUGGAGUUGACUCAGGUCCUAAAUUCAGCAGCUGCCAAAGAGAAGUAUCCCAUGUUUUCAGUUGUGGAGGGCUGCUCUCAAGAGUACGGCUUGGAGGAGUUGUGCGCCCGCUUUUCCCAGCAAACAGUGCAAGUCCAGCGGUCCAGCAAACGGGGCAGAGCAAAAAAGCCUACCAUGGAGGAAUUUGUCGUCUUAUGAUUGCUGGCCGGGCAGUCCCAACACCUCUGACUUAUUUAUUUUUAUUUAUAUAGAGAAUGCAGGCCUGAGGUGGAGCCGUCUCUCCCUUAGGUCCACGGAAGAGGGCUUCUGUGUCAUAUCUACAGUAACGGUCUUUGGUGUUCCAACCUGUUGCACCACGGCUCUUCCUCUUGAAAGACACUGAGAAUGCACUGUGUUAGGAUCACUGAACUCUUGUGGGGUCCUAUCCUAUUCCAUAGGCUGCUACUUGAAGAAAGUCAUGGCACUGGAACAAACUUCUUGAACGUGGGCAAAAGAUAUUUAGCACUAAAAAUGAGGGCCAAGGCCUUUUUAAAGUGGGCAGCUAACCAUGGGGAGAACUUUUGAGGAGGUGAUUUUGGGUAGGUUUCAGGUUUGCGUCUUUUCUGCUGAGAUUCCAAGGCCUCUUCAUCAGCUACCUGGAGCGCCCAGUUUUGAACUCAGGGACAGGCGAUUAACCGUUAGGUUGCUGCUGUACCUCAGAGUUAAGGCUCGUGGCCAGCUCUGCUUGUGCUGUUGCUUCUCCACACCAGGACUAGACUUGUCUACUGGGCCUUCAGGCCCAUUAUAAUGAAGGGGGUGAGGCAUAGCUUGGGCCUAUAUGGGCAGGGAAGAGUCUGCAUUCACUUCAACUGAGGGAUGAGGACUACAUGAGCUCGAGGCUGCUUAUAAUGUGUACCCCAAACAGCUGUUCGUUGGGGCAGGUGUACGGAGGAGAGUGACACAAGUAAAAAGGCUGGCUGGCUAA